CUGCAUGUAUUAUAGGGAUUUGUCAUUCGUAUUCACUCUCAUUCUAAUUUUUUUUUCCACGGUGUUAGGUGUUUUAAUAUCUCCCACUUCGAAUUCAUUCCAAGGUUGUUUGGAUAGAAAUAAAGCGAAGCCAUAAAAUAAAAUCAUUAAUCAGCGGCAGCGGAUACAACAAAUAAAUGUUGACAUAUUGUGCAAGUUUUGUUUACUUGGUUAUUGCCUACAAUAAUAUUUGCUCACUGAUUAGCGAAAAAAAUCGCACAUGGUAGAGUUCAGUCCACAAACAACUGUUGACCCAAAUAGUGUGAGAUUUACCUUAAAAUGGUUGACCAAAAAAUCAAAGAGUGGGUACAGUUAGCCCUUAAAGAUGAAGACAUACACGACUUUUCUGUUAUCACCAAUGGAACAACUGAUAAGGCUGACGGUUACCUGGGCGAUAUUUUUUUUAUCACCGCAGCAGGUAAAACGAAAAACGGAAAAAAUGAAACAAUUGAUUUGGUAAUUAAAGCAUCUAAAGACAGUAUAACACUACGAGAACAGACUCCAGUCCGUGAAUCUUUUGAGAAAGAAAUUUUUAUCUACGACCGCGUCCUACCAUCAUUUAAAAAAUUACAAGAAGAAAAAGGUGCCUCAGGUUUACUGGACUACAUACCGCUAUGUUACGCUACUAAAGUGGUCGACAAUAGCGAAAUACUAGUCUUGGAAGAUUUAAAAAGCCAAAAUUACAGUACAUGUGACAAAAAAAAGGCGAUGACUUUUGAACAUGUUGAGUUGGUCUUGCAAGCGUAUGGGAAAUGGCAUGCAUUUUCGUUUGCUUUGAGGAAAGAAAAACCGGAGCUUUUUGCAGAACUUACAAAAAAUAACGUCAAUAUGCUAUGUUACUGGUUCGAAACAACCAAAAUGAUUGAUCUUCUGUUAGAUAUUUUUGAAAAAGCAAGAGAUGGCUGCAUUUCGUCAGAUAACGAAGAAAUUCUCAACGCUGUAAACUUUUCCAUAAACGAUGCCAACUACAUUUUUAAGGGUUUGUUUGAUGAGGAUCCAGAUUACAGAAUUAUUUCGCAUGGAGACUGCUGGAAUGGCAACUUCAUGUUUAAAUAUGACAACGACAAUUUAAAACCAGUUGGUGUUCAAGUCUUGGACUGGCAAUGUGCAGGUCUCUCCUCGCCUGUAAUGGAUUUAUCGCAUUUUUUGUAUGCUUGUUGCAAUACAGGAGAACACAAAGAUAUAUCUGAAAUGUUAAAAAUUUACUAUGAUAGUUUUAGUAAAUGUCUAGAGUCUUUACAUUUAGUACCAGAAGAGCUUUUUUCUUAUGCCAAGUUAGUGGAACACUGGAAGCGAUUUUCUCAAUAUGGGAUCCUAUUGCAAGGUUUUGCUUUAAAAUUUACGUUAUGUGACCCCAAUGAUGCUCCAGAUUUUGUUGAAGCGGCGGAAGGUGGGAAAGAGUUUCUAGACAAUUUUAAUAUUGAGAUUUCAAACAAGGAAGUGUUUUAUAAAAGAGUAAAAGAUAAUUUACUGCAUUAUGUAAAAAGUUUAAAAUUAUCUGAAACAGUAGGCGUCAUUUAAUUACAAUGAAAGAGCAAUGAUUGUAUUAUUUUUGAUAUCAAUAAAUCAUAAAAUCUA